AUGGACAUUAAGCAUCAUCAUCAUCAUCACUUCCUUCUCGUAUCCUGCCCUGCCCAAGGCCACAUAAACCCUACUCUCCAACUUGCCAAGCGCCUCAUAGGAAUUGGAGGCACACAUGUCACUUAUGCCACCACCAUCCGUGGCCUCACCCAAAUCAAAUCCUUCCCUUCUCUUGAAGGCUUGUCAUAUGCUUCUUUCUCAGAUGGCUUUGAUGAUGGAAUCAAACCAACCAAUGACCCCAAUCUCAUCAUGUCUGAAUUUAAGCUCGUGGGAUCAAAAACACUCAAAGCCUUGAUUGAGAAAAUCUCUACAUCUCAAGAUCACUCAGGCCCUGUCACUUUUCUCAUCUACUCUGUCCUCCUCCCUUGGGCUGCUGAAGUUGCAAGUGAUUGUGGCAUACCAUCUGCUUUUCUCUGCAUACAAUCCACCACCUCCUUUGCGCUUUGCCACCAUUACUUCAACCAUUUUCACAACUGCCCUCCAUUUCCAAAUUCUAUGACAAUAGAAGGGUUGCCUCCUUUUGCUCCCACAGAGCUACCUUCCUUUCUCCUACCAACCAGUCCACAUGUUUCAGUCAUCCCUACCUUUCAAGAACACAUCCAAGUCUUGGAACAGGGCAAACCCAACUCCAGUCUUGUGCUACUCAACACUUUUGAUGCCUUAGAAGAGGCAGCAAUCAAAGCUCUCAGAUCAUCAAGCAUGAAUGUGAUUCCAAUUGGACCCUUGGUUAUAACUGGGUUUUGGGAGGAAAGUGAAAACCAAUCCAGUGAUGCCGGGUUUCGUUGCGACUUGUUUGACAAAUCUGAGGAUGAUUACCUUCAAUGGCUGGACUCAAAACCAGAUUGCUCAGUUGUUUAUGUGUCAUUUGGGAGCAUGGUGGUGUUAAAGAGAGAUCAGAUUGAAGAGAUGUUGAAUGGACUAAUUGAGAGUGGCCUCCCAGUUUUAUGGGUAAUUCGCUGUGCAGAGAAGGGAGGAGAUCAAGAAGCUCAGAUAAUGAAGAUAAAGAACAGACUGAAAAUCAAAGAACAGGGUUUAGUGGUGCCAUGGUGUUCACAAAUGGAGGUUUUAGGGCACAAGUCAGUGGGGUGUUUUGUGAUGCAUUGUGGGUGGAAUUCAACUGUGGAGAGCUUGGUAGCUGGGGUUCCAAUGGUGGGUUUUGCUCAAUUUUCAGACCAGAACACAAAUGCAAAACUAGUGGAGGAAGUGUGGGGAGUUGGAGUUAGAGCCAAAGAGAAUGAAGAGGGAGUGAUUGGAGGUGCAGAGAUUAAGAGGUGCCUGGAGAUUGUGAUGGGAGAUGGAGAGAGAGGGGAAGAGAUAAGAAGGAAUUGUGAAAAAUGGAAAGGUUUGGCCACAGAAGCUGUCAAGGAGGGUGGCUCUUCAGAUUACAAUCUCAGGCACUUUAUUGGAGGAUUGGGAUGA